AUGGCGCCAAGACGCAAGCUAGACGAGUUCAAUGCCGCGGCCAGUCCGCAGACGGGGAUGUUGAACGAUUUUGAUAUGCUCUUCCACACGCCGGACGAGACGGAUCCUUCUCCCGUGCGCAAAUUCCCACGGCGAGAUAGUGCUCGAAAGGACUCGAUUGGAGGUUACCGUCCCUGGAGGACGCUGGGCACAAGAGCAGUACCCUCAUCAUUACCACUGGCAAAUAUGGUCACAGCCGUCCAGGAGCUUAUAGAUCCCGACUUCGACCCGGUGAUAGAAGCAUUGGAUGAUUCGCCACGCUUCCUGAAGCCGCUACCAUCCUGGAUCCCGGCAGAGGACAUAGAAUACCUGAGCUCGAAAGGCGCUCUCACGAUUCCGGAACCUCCAUUGCGGAAUGAGCUCUUGCGGGCCUACGUGCAAUGGGUAUACAACUUCAUGCCUCUGUUGGAUCUGCACGAAUUUCUGCGAAGCAUCGCUGAGAAUGAUCCGGACGCAAACAUCAGCCUUCUCUUGUUCCAAGCGGUCAUGUUUGCAGGAACGGCAUUUGUCGAUCUCGAGCAUCUGCAGGCGGCUGGCUUUGCUACGAGGAGGGAAGCUCGCAAAGCUUUCUUUAUGCGUGCGAGACUUCUCUAUUCAUUCGAUUACGAGGAUGAUCGAAUCGCGAUUCUGCAGGCGAUUCUGCUGAUGACGUAUUGGCACGAGGUCGACGGCAGUCCGCAGAAGGAUAUAUGGCAUUGGGUGGGAGUGUGCAACACUCAGGCUCAGUCGAUCGGCUUACAUCGAGAUCCUACAGGAUCGGACAUGAGUCCUGCUACCAAACGGUUAAGAAUCCGCCUCUGGUGGUCUCUGUACUCCCGUGAUCGGCUCAUUGCCCUGGCUCUGAGACGUCCCACACAGAUCAACGAAGGAGCCUGCGAUGUACCCCUUCCACGCCUCAGCGAUUUCGAUAUCAGACCGUUUCAUCCUGCUGUUUUCCAGAUGCUCCGAUAUCAACAGUUAGACGAUGUCUCAUAUCAACGACGCCUCGCAACCAUGUUUAUCGAGAAGGUUAAACUGUGUCAGUACCUGGGACGGGUGCUCUUUGCGCAGUACUCCCCGUCGAACCAUAAUUUCGGAGCUACCAACAAGACUACCAUUACGCUUGUUCCCAGGGAGGCGUCGGAGGCAGAGCUUGAUCGCUGCAGUCAGAAGCUCGACGCCUGGGUCAGCGGUCUACCAAAGGACGCUCAGUUUAUCCCACCCAAGAGCCAACAUCUCAGCGAAGGCGAAAAGGUUCUGCUUCUUCAUUCUGCCAUGCUCCGGAUGAUAUAUCACGCAACCUGUAGCGCCCUCCAUCGACCACAGGCUUUAAUAUUCGGCAGAAAGGCACACUCGACAUCCAAAAAGGCAAAGUGGUCGAUAACUGCCCGUCAGAAGAUGCAGGAUGCGGCCGCGGGGACGACGGAGAUCGCCCAUGGCCUGAAUCGCCUGGGCUUGACCAAAUUCCUUCCCGCUUCCGGGCUGACGGUUGUGUUGCCAGCAGCCGUCGUUCAUCUAACCAACCUGACAUCUUCCAACCCUGUCGUGCGGGACGAGAGCACCUGGAAUUUCCACCGGUGUGUCGAGGUGCUGAACAAGCUGAAAGAUAUCUACCCGGCUGCGGACCACGAAACUGCCUACCUGGAGGAAGCGGUCAGGUGGCAAUUGAAGCGUUCGCCGAAUUCCGUCCUGAUCAUGCAGAAUGCCACGUUCAGCGUUGUUGGCGGGGAUCGGACGCAGCCUGAUAACGGUGCACGAUCAUUGACAGAUCGUGCAGUCAACGACUGGACAACUUCCGCGCAAACCAAAGAAUCAACACCAGCCAGAACUAACAUGAGAAAUAAUAACCAAUUCCAAGGAAGCAUUAUCGAGCUUGACGAAGAAGAUCGUGACAGGAAUACUACUCUCCACUCCACGGAUUUUCGAGAUCAAAAUGCAGGUAGAUUCAACAACACCACCAUGAUGACCUUCACCAACAACAAUACAUGUAGUAUCAGCGACCACUCCUCCUCCUCAUAUCAGCUCCACAACAUACAAAUUCAAUCAAACAACGACAGCACUCCAACAAAUACCUUCCCCGACAGGAAUAGUCCCAAGGAACAACCAGAAGAAUGGGACUGGAAUGUCGACGUCUUGAAUGACUGGUUAGUAUCCUCCGAUGAAGAUGGAGAUGGAGAUGGAGAUGGAGAAGGGGAGAACGAAAACGAAGGUCAAAGCCAAAGCAAGCACGAACGACAGACGCAGAUAGAGAACAAGGAUGCCGACCACACUACAAAGAACAUGCGACAUGAUGCAGAGAACCUGUCGAAAGAAAAAGCAGAAGCAGAAGCAGAUAUUGUAUCUUCUUCUUCUUCUUCUUCUCCGCCGCUGCUGCUUCACACGGAGCAGGAGGACCAGCACCAGCACCAGGACCAGCAACAACAGCUCUUAGUAUCGCCAUCCUUAUUAUUUCCCCCUUCUGUUAUCAGCAGCGAUAACAGCAGCAGCAGCAGCAGAGACUCGAUGAUGAUUACUGGCGACUUGGAACGCGAUCUAGGGUUUGCUUGA